ACACUAAGCGCCUAGUAUGAUGCGAGUGCUACGCAAGCAAUAAGUGUCUUCUCAGUAUGCAUUUAAGAAGUAAAGUGGGAUGGGAUUUAAAUGACUUCUGAUGUACGAAAUUUCUCUUGCUCAAACAACCCACAGAACCCCAUUGCAAAUAAUCGAACCAGCAUACCUCCGGAGUUGAAAACGAUUUCAAGAUUAAAUACAAGUGGCAACUCAUUUGUAUCCAGUACAGAAGAUCAACUACGUACUCAUCAACAAACCUUAGAACACUGGCUUUUGAAUGCUGUGAUCCAUACAUUUGCUAAAUUCUCAUCAAGUCAUAAGUCAUUGGAAUUAUUGACUAAAUUUAUUGGCCUUCCUACAUCACUUGCUUGCGCACUGAGUUAUUAUAUUCCAGAAAGUUUAAAAGCUUUAUCAACUGACGGUAAAUUAAAUCAAGUUUACUUAGAUCAUUAUUUAUCAUUGCUCAAUUUAUUGGAAACAAAUACACUUAAUAUUGAUACAAUCAAUUCUAAUUUUCAACAUGAUCUAUUCAAAGAUGAUAUUGAAAAUGUUCAAUAUAUUCAUAAUUUAAUUCAACAAUUAUUUAAAACAAAUAAAUUAUUGGAUGAAUUCAAUGCAUUAUUUACAUCUAUUACACAAUUAUUAAAUCUUUAUCUUAAAAAAUCUUCAAAUGAAAGAAUUGGAUUUGAAAAAUAUGAUGAUUUAUGUCUUGUGAUUAAUAUUUAUCAAUUGAUUUAUAACAUAUCUACUAAUACUAUUGUUACUAAUAGUAGUCAUUGUUAUCAUUCUAAUUCAACUAUCAUCUCAUCUAGUACUAGUGUCAACGUUGCUAUUACUACUAGUGGAUUAACAUUAACAACAAAUCCUAUUCAAAGUGAUAUUGUGGAAUCAAAUUAUAAUUCAAAAAUACAAAACGGAGUUUUACGCAAUUUAGUUCGUGCAUCUGGCACUGUUGCUAAACCUGCAAUACCAGCCCAUCCAAGCAAUCAACCUAUUCCUGUUGUAAAUCAAUCUACUGUAGAUCAAUUAGUUAGCUCACCUAUUAGUUUAGUGAGUCAUACAGAAACUAUGAUUGAUGAUAAUAGCAUUACCACUGCUGCUGCUGCUACUACUACUAGUAAUAUGAAAUCUGAUGUAGAUACACAUUCCACUGAUUUUGAUAAAUUAAAAUCUAAUAAUGAUGUUGACAAUUCUUUGAUUUCUAGUAAUAAUACUAUUAAAAAUGUCUACAAUGUAACCAAUGAUGGAACCAAUGAUUUAUUAACUGAUAUUGCUCGUGUUGCAUUCGAUCGUAGUCAUUCCACACCAUGUAAAACUGUUAUUAACAAUGAGGAUAAAUUAUUACAACAACAACAACAACAGCAAAUAAACACUUCAACGAAUGGUCAUUAUUAUCUAAAUAAGAAAUAUUCUAAAUUAGACGUUGAUAGUAACCCUGUCAAUCAAUCUACUGCAACGAAAGAAAUAACUACAAUAUCUGACACCACUACUAAUGCUAUUGUUGACGAUGAUAUCCAAUCAUUUAAGCGUAGCUCCCUAUAUGUCACAUUUAAUAAGCGCCCAACUCCUUGUCUUUCAAGUAAACUGCCAUCGAUUGGCAGUCUGUCACAACCAAAUAAUCCAUUAAAGCGUCUUGGAACAAAGUCACCUCGAGUGAAUUCUGUCACUAAUGUUAAUCUUUCACAAGUUACUCUGCCUUCAUUACGAUCAGAGUUUGAAAAGCGUAAACGUUCAAUGUCCACUGUGACGGCUGCAGAUGUAGAUCAAAUUUCAAAAAUCCAUGAUGAUUUACCUCUAGGAACGAAGACUUGGAAAGAUUCUGGGGCAGCACGUUCUCAUGCACAUAAAAUAAAUGAUGCUGUUAACACUGAAGACAAUAUCAUUUCAUCUAGUAGUACUAAAUCUGAUCAAGAGGCUACAAUGAUUGGACGUGCAGCAGCUUUAAGACUAUCAUUAGACCAACGAAGACGAGCUAUUGAAGUAUCCAGACAACGUGAACGUCUAGCUAGCACCAAAGCUGCUGCUGAAAGAAAUAAUGCAGCAUUUGUUAAACUUCUUCAAAAACAGUUCCAUCAGCGUCAAAGUAUUUCAAGUGGACAGUCUCAAUUAUCGAAUGGUGGUACAGUAUCGGAGAAUGAAAAUUCAUCUAGUUCUUUGCCUAUCAAAUUAAAAGAAUCAGAAAAAUACAAUUUUAGUUGCAUCGAUUCAGAAGGUGCUCAUUUCACAACGGAUAAAGAUGAAAUGACAGUAUCUGGUUCUAAUGUUGAACAUGCUACAGACUUAGAUGAAGAUUUCUCAAUGAAUUCUUCAUCCACAAUGCCAAAUAUUAGUGAGCCUUCACAAGAUUCUACUGUAUUUAUGAAAACCAGUGAUACGAUUGGACUGGUUGACAAUACCACUAACAUAUUCGCAAAUGAUUCAAAAACAUCAAUCCCUCCUUGUUCUAAAUCUCCACAGAUAUAUCACGAUAGAACUCAGUCGAAUAAUCAUUCUGAUCUGACUGUCGAGCCUACUACUGCUCAUAUAAACAAUCAUUGUGAUCCACCUUAUCAGGAAUUCGACCAAAAUGCAUCUGUAACAAAUCGGCGAUCGGAUAGUGGAGAAUCAAACUAUGCUACAUCUAAUGUUUCUUAUCCUCACAUGAUCACUUUAGAUCCAUCCAAACCUUAUCAAACAUUACCUCAUCAGCAUAAACGUGAUUCUAAAAGACCAAAGUCUAGAUUUAGUGAAAGAGAGUCUACUCCUCAACCUGAGUUCUUUACAGAAGUUAAUUAUCACUAUGCUCCUCCUCAAUAUUCUCAAACUCAUAAAGGGUCGAGACAGCGAGGUUAUGCAGAUAAAACGUAUCCAGGAUUUCUGGCAUCAUCAGCUAGUGAUUAUAAUGAACAUGGUUUUGUUUUAGCUGAUUCAUUUCAUGGUGUUCAGUCUCCUUCUUUUAGACAUCGCCAUACCAACCAUAAAAAUUAUCCUUAUGAUAUUCCUUCACAAAGUCCUGUUGAUGAGCGACCACUUCCCCACAAACAUAUAUCUCAACGGUAUCAUCGCUCUCAUAAUGUCCCGAAUCCAAUGAUGCUCAGCAGUAGUUAUCGUGAAUGUAGCUCAAAUGAAGCAAGUUCAGAAACGGAUGAUGAUGACGAAGAUGAUUACUCCACCCGAACAUAUGAUGAUCAUUCUUACCCAUAUAUCAAUCGAAUGUCAUAUUCUGGUCGAUUCUCUCAUCGAUCAUUAUCUAGAUUGCCGAAAUCCCAUUCAAAAAACAGAUAUAGAUCGAAUGGUCGUAAAUCAUCAGAAUAUGGAUAUGAAUUAGGUGAAUCAGAGAGUAGAACUCAUUCUCCAGCUCCUUCUUACGCUUCAUCUCGCGGAGUGGUCAGUUCACGUGGACAUAAAGUUGAUAUAAAUUCAAUAGGUGGUGGAAAUAAUCGCCCAUCUGUUACAUCUGUUGUCGAUCCCGUUACAUUAGAUCAAAUUAAUCGGAAUAUGUCUGAUUUACGUUCGGAUUUUGAACGUCUUUCUAUGCAACAACAAGUGUUGUUAGCUUCAUCAUCUGCGACAACAGCAGCUGCUUUAAUGGCGAGUAGUUUUCAACAGCAACACCAACAAUAUCAACCACAACAAUCAGCAUCAACACCACUGACAAUAAGUCAAUUAUCUCAUACACAAGCAUUAUCCACAUCCAUAUCUAAUAUAUCUACAACACGUGCUACAUGGAGUGAUAGACCUAUUGUUCGUGAUUUAAUUGUACAACAUAAUGUUCAUUCAUCAACAGAUAAUAAUCAUUCAGUAACAGUAGAUGAUUUUGUUGAACAUAAUCAAAUUAAUACAGAUGAACCAGUUGUUAUUAAAGCUGAUAGUCAUAAUAUGGUUGCUUUCAAUGAACCUUCCUACAGUGGUAAACCUCAAGAGUGUUCAAUGUCUGCUAAUAAUGUUACCGACUUAUCGAACUCAUCAACUGCACCAUUAAAUCCUUCACCUGUAGAAAAUAGUCAGAAACAUAUGAAGUCUCCUGUAGUCAAAGCCCCAAAUGUCAGUCCAGAAGGAAAACUUUUCUUUAUUGGCUUCGAAGAACCAGAUCCAGAGCGAAUGCAGCGUACCAAGGAUAGAUUAGAAGCUCGUCGAGCUACAGAGAGAGCUAUGGUUGCUGAACAACUGGAGGCAUUACGUACUACUGGCCGUAAAGAGAAAGAGGCAGCUGACCGUGCACAAUUUGAACGGAAACUAAAUGAGAAAGAAAGACGUGAAGCUGUACUACAAGCACAUUUAUCCAAGAAAGAAGUAAGUGAUAUUUUAUAUUUCGUAAAGUAGUUAAAUAUUAAAAAUACUCGGUUUUCAACUAUUUGUCUUCGAUUUCAAAAUUGCCACUCCUAUUUUUUUUCCAGUCAAUGGAUUGUAUCACUAACAUCUAUUCAAAUUAUUAUUAUUAUUAUCCCAACACAUAAAUAUUGGUACAAGAGGGCACCAAAUAUAUAUGCGCCACACCAUAUUUAUGCGUGUGUGUGGGCUGUGAUACUGCCCGGGUGCCCAGACCUAUGCAGGUGGUUAUCUUAGGGGGCCACACACCGAGCCUUUGACCUAAAGAUCUGAUCCACAAGGCAGUGGAGCAUCGUGAGGAGAUGCAUUCCCAUGGUAGCCGGUGACCAACGAUUGGUUCAUACGCCAUUUGUUCCCUCAGGAUACUGGAGCCCAUAUGCACCAUUGGUUUGGUAUCCGGUUAAAGCGCCGGACAUUCGCUUUUCUUCCUCUCAUUUUCGUAAACAACACCCCCGCCACGAGAAGACAGUGAAUCGGACUUCCCUGGCAGAGGCUGUAUACGCGUGGCCGUGUGAGAGUAUUUCGAGAGGGAGGGCGGGCCCACCUCACUCUCGGCCAUACCAGGGCAUUUGGGGGCAUCUAUUCAAAGGCAUAACUAGGAACCGAGUACAUUAAACAAUUUCUUGUUAAGUUUUAUUUAAAACAUUUUUUUUGAAAUAUUUUAACUGCAUUACAAAAUAAUUUAUAUACUUCUUUAGUUAUUCGUUUACUUAAAACUUUCUAGCUGUUUGUCUACUUUGAGAAACUGUUUAUAUGAACUGCUCAGUUAAACUCAAUGUAAAUAAUUUAAAUUUUUCUCAUUUUAAGAGAGAAAAAGAAAAGCUUUCAUACACAUAGUUCCUUUUAUUGUCUUAGAGAGGGCAAGAACAAAGAUUGGUGCAGAAUAAUAUGAAUUCAUUUUAUUUCGUUAGGUUCUCAUCAUCUGCUUACGAUCUAAAAUAUUUGAAAAUCAACGUUUAUACAGAUAUUGACAUAACUAUACAUAAAAGGGUGAUGAAAGAUGAAUAAAUGUAUCAUGGUGUAGCGAAGAUUCAGAUAGAGUUAAUGAGGUCAUAAAAUUUUUUCUCGAAUAAAUAGAGUUUGAUAGGGAAAGUUCCGGAACAUUGAAAUAGUGAUUAGAACUCAUGAAAAUAGAUUAAUGGUAAUAAAGAAAACAUGAAUUGAAAUCAGUCAGUUAUGUAUGAUGUGAUUUAAAAGAGUUGGAGUAAAGACGCAAUAAAUAAAUGAAUAAAAAGGGGGUUAUUGUUACCGACCGAAGCUGCUACCUUUACGCGGUGGUCGGGCUUGCCUAUCGUGAUGACCCAACCGAGCUAUAUUGGCUGGAAUAUAUGUUCCUGUAGUUUCUACCAUGCCAGGCAGGUCGAUUGGAGAACGGUAAGACUAAAAGCAGCAACUCAAGGUCUAAGGGCGAAGUCGUAUUGCUGACUGUACAGAGGUGUGAUAGCAGUAAGGUGUUUCCUUCAGACAACCAGCAUCUGCAGCGAUGCUGCCUUCCUACAAGGAGGGGUGGGGUUAGAAAAGGUCGACCCUAAAAAUGUCACACUUCACCUUACCUCACGGAUUUCCGUCUCCGGCGGUAAGGCCCUUUGACGAACGGAGCUAACACAUUAAAAACCUUCCACGAAAAGGCCGUGCGCGAUCGGCCUCAAGCAGUUGUGCCUUGGGCUCUGCGGUCACGCUCCCAGGCCGUUAAGGCCGACAUUAAUCCGAAUUCCUUUUCAGGUUCCUCAAGAAAUACCCUUGCACGGUGUGGGCAGCCGGGAAGUGAUAUCAGCCCUCAUACCCGUAGCAGCACACGAGACCCAGUUGGUCACAUUCAAAUCCUUCCUACACCUCUUAAUACCACUCUUAUCUUCCCGACUAACCCUUCUCACGUCCUUUUUUCACCUCGCACCCCUACUGCAAACGAUUCGAGUACGCGGAACGUUAUUCCUGGUCUCCUGAAACCACGCUCUAAACUACAUGUAGGAGCUUUUAACGUCCGAACACUGUGCCAAAUAGGACAACAGGCUUCCUUAGCUAGGACUUUAGAAUCCCGCGCCAUGGAUGUGUGCUGCGUCUCCGAAACGCGCAUACAGGAUCCGAGUAGCGUCAUUCAUCUGACCUCACCAUGCUAAAAUAAAGAACCGACUCGAUUCACACUUCGUGUAUCUGGAAGCCCAGAUUCUGCUUCCCGUGGACUCGCCGGCGUAGGUAUAGCAUUGAGUCCUAGGGCAGAACUAGCUCUCUUAGAGUGGAUCCCAGUAGACAGUCGUUUGUGCGCUAUCCGACUAAACGGAACAAUAAGGACUCGGGAGGAUAGGGUCACUCGUCGUUGCCUCUUCGUCGUCUCUGCCUAUUCUCCCACUCACUGCAGCUCAGAUGAUGUAAAAAAUGAGUUUUACAGAAAGCUCUCCGACCUCCUCCUAAAAGCUAGGCGUUCUGAUGUAGUAAUAGUGGCUGGUGACUUUAAUGCUAAAGUAGGUAAACUAAGCGAAAGGGAAAGACACCUGGGUGGAUCUUAUAGCAUCGUGGCUCAAAGAACAGAUAAUGGCGACCGUCUGUUGCAGCUAUGCUCAGAUAACUGCCUCUUUCUUGCAAAUACUAACUUUAAGCAUAAGGAAAGACAUCUUUUAACAUGGCGACCCCCUAAUUCGUCCCAACGUUGGACCCAAAUAGAUCACAUCGCUAUCAGCCACCGAUGGAGGGGCUCGAUAGAAGACUGUCGCUCAUUCUGGAGCACAUGCUUAGAUUCAGAUCGUGCUCUCGUACGAGCGCGUAUCUGUCUGCGUCUUACUGGACGUAGGAAAGACGCUGCAAGUAAACCUCUUAGGGCUCUACUUAAUGAUAGUCAAGCUAAGAGUAUAUUUCAGGAACAACUAGGAAAACAGUUAGGCAGCCAUGUACGUGAUGCCCAUCCCGAGGCAGCAUGGAAUGAUAUCCGAAAAGCUGUGGAAACAGCAGUGAUAUCUGCUAGUACGGUAAACCGUAAGGUUAGGGAGAAACACUGGAUCUCAGCAGCAUCUAUCGCACUGAUAGAUACUCGAAAACCCAUUCCACCUGACUCUGAACAUUAUGAAGAGCGCAGUCAGCGUAAGCGCAAGCUGACAAGAAGUCUACGCAAUGAUCGAGAACAGUGGUGGUUGGCGAAAGCAAGAGAGAUGGAAAAGGAAGCGGCAAUAGGUAAUAGCAGACAAUUGUUCAGACUUGUUAAGGAAACCGACUGUUAGCGAAACACUCUCAGAGAAAGAUGGACAUAUUAUACAUUCUCAAUCCAGGAGAUUGGAUCGAUGGGCAGAACACUAGAGAUCAGUUCAACUGGCCUUCAGCCACACUUCGGUUUCCCACGAUCUCCAGUCAACCUGAAUGGCAAGUUAGUGUUGAUCCUCCAUCCCUUUACGAAGUUGAAAAAGCCAUAGGAAAUCUGAAGCGAGGGAGAGCAGCAGGCCCUGAUAGGUUUACUCCUGAGAUUUUUAAGGAUGGUGAUCCAGUAUUAGCAGUGAGAUUAACUGAGGUCUUAGGUAGAACUUGGGAACUGGACGUAAUCGGCCAGUCAGUCAACUACAACGUAGGACCAGGCACAUAUGUGCAUCGGUCCAGGUUGCCAUACCGCAUCAGCACAACAAAAUGAACACCGGAUUCACAGCAGUGGUUAGGUCAAAGGUGGUAAUGUAUAAGAGAAAAAUUGCUUAUAGAGAUAUAGUAC